AUGGAGAGAGUAGACCUCGGUCCGGGUGGCUCUUAUGGAGGGAAAAUACAUGAUAACGAUUUGCUAAUCAAUCAACCGCUCAUCAUUGUCCAUGGAGUCUCUGAUAUGGCCGGCGAUCGGCCGACCAGAGCGGCCAAUUGGUUCAAAAAACACGGUGGCUACAAGCAAUCCGAGCUCUAUUCGACCACCUAUUUCAAUGGAGCACAGGGAAACCCUCUCAAAUGGCUCGAGUACACGAUGAAAUGUGAAUAUGUUAAACAGGUACGAUCUCUAAUUGUCGCCGUUCGCCUCUACACGGGUCGUCAGGUGGACGUGAUCGGCUACUCGCUUGGGGUGCCCGUUUCGAGAAAGGCUAUUCUUGGGGGUCAUUGUGUGGACACUGGCGAGCACUUGGGCGGUCCUCUGACAAAAUUCGUGAACACCUAUGUGGGAGCGGCUGGCCCAAAUCAUGGGAUUGCGCCACAGAUGGCGGGUAUCCAGCUGCCCGCUUGUGCUCUCGGGGCGCUCCCAAUUUGCAAUUCACUGAAUGGACUCUAUUCGGGAAAUUGCCCUCAGACAAGCAGAUAUCUCCAGGAUAUAAACGCCUAUCAACGCUAUGAGGGUCAACACAUUUAUACAAUUUACAGUAGAAAAGAUCAAGUGGUCGGCUAUCUCGUGUGUGGAGCGAUCACUUCUCAAAUCGCCGGCCAAGAUGGUGGUCGAGAAUUCGAUGGGCUCAAUCAUGCUCAAACAUUCCACUCCACUCAUCAUGUUCAACUGAGAAUGAUCCGCGAUCAUAAGAUGUUCGGU